AUGGACAGCAAAACUAUUGGAAUCCUAGGAGGUGGCCAGCUUGGUCGUAUGAUUGUUGAAGCAGCCCAUAGACUCAACAUCAAGACUGUCAUUUUGGAUGCCCCUCAAUCGCCAGCCAAACAAAUCAAUGCCCUUGAUGAACAUGUCGAUGGUUCAUUUACUGAUUAUGAGUCGAUUGCAAAAUUAGCUGAGAAAGUCGACAUUCUCACGGUUGAAAUUGAACAUGUUGAUGUUGAUGCGUUGAAAAAGAUUCAACUGAAAUUCCCCAAGAUUGAAAUUUACCCAUUGCCGGAAACUAUCAAAUUAAUUCAGGAUAAGUAUUUACAGAAGGAACAUUUGAUCCAGCAUGGGAUUUCUGUUACUGAUUCACAAGCCGUUAUUGAAAAUACCACUGAGAAUCUAUUGAAAGUCGGUCAACAAUAUGGAUAUCCAUUCAUGUUAAAGUCAAGAACUUUGGCUUACGAUGGAAGAGGUAAUUUCGUAGUCAAGGACGAAUCAUAUGUCGAAAAGGCUUUGGAGUUUUUAUCCGAUCGUCCAUUGUACGCCGAGAAGUGGUGUCCAUUUGCCAAAGAAUUGGCAGUUAUGGUUGUCAGAUCAAUUGAAGGCGAAGUGUUUUCGUAUCCUACCGUUGAGACUAUCCACCAAAACAAUAUAUGCCAUCUUGUUUAUGCACCAGCUAGAAUCAACGACACUUUGGCCGAAAAGGCAUCCAUCUUGGCCCAGAAUGCCGUUAAAUCGUUUCCGGGCUGUGGUAUCUUUGGAGUAGAGAUGUUUUUAUUAGACAAUGGCGAGCUAUUAAUCAAUGAAAUUGCCCCUAGACCUCACAAUUCGGGUCAUUACACCAUUGACGCUUGUGUUACUUCUCAAUUUGAGGCCCAUGUUAGAGCAGUGACUGGGUUGCCUAUGCCCAAAGGAUUCACAGACUUUUCCACCACCAUCACUAACGCCAUAAUGUUGAAUGUUUUGGGUGAUAAGGAAACACCAAAUAAGGAGUUGGAAACCUGUCGUCGUGCAUUGGAAACCCCUCAUUCGACGGUUUAUUUAUAUGGUAAAACCACUAGACCCGAGCGGAAGAUGGGACAUAUAAAUAUCGUGACUUCAUCGAUGGAUGAUGCUGAAAAUAGAUUGGCAUACAUAAUGGGCAAGAGUAGUGACAUCCCAGCAGCAGCAGGAUCAUCCAGCGGUGAAAAACAAAAACCUUUAGUUGGAAUCAUUAUGGGUUCAGAUUCAGAUUUACCAGUGAUGGCAGUAGGUGCUCGUAUUUUAAAGCAAUUUGGAGUUCCAUUUGAAUUAACCAUUGUUAGUGCUCAUCGUACCCCUCAUAGAAUGUCAAAAUAUGCAAUCGAAGCAGCACAGCGUGGGUUGAAAUGUAUCAUUGCUGGUGCUGGCGGUGCUGCUCAUUUACCGGGUAUGGUUGCCGCCAUGACCCCCUUGCCUGUUAUUGGUGUCCCGGUAAAGGGCUCGACCUUAGACGGAGUCGAUUCCUUGCAUUCGAUUGUCCAGAUGCCAAGAGGUAUCCCUGUUGCCACAGUCGCUAUAAACAAUAGUACCAAUGCUGCAUUAUUAGCCACAAGAAUCUUGGGCGCAGUUGAUGCUAAAUGGUUGAAUAAAAUGACGAGUUAUAUGAACAAUAUGGAGGAGGAAGUGUUGAAGAAAGCCGAAGUUGUGGAGGAGAUUGGAUAUGAAGAUUACCUUACUGACAAGUUGAAAAAAUAA